UCAGGUAUCCAUCGGCGCAUGCGCACUUCGCUGAUCUAUAUAAAUCAUUGCUCGGUAGGCAUUUUAAGGCUGAUCAAGUGGGUAAAAAAAAAAGCAUCCUCGGCUCAUUGAAGGAGGCUGACCGGACCUUCGCCAUGGCGUCCAGUGGAUCAUAUGUGCAGGUAGCGCUGGUUCUGCUGGCGGUCCAGCUCGUCUGUGUCGGAGCCGCUGAGGCGGAUCAGGAGACGGGGACCGUGAUCCCUGCCGAAAGUCGUCCAUGCGUUGACUGCCAUGCCUUUGAGUUCAUGCAGAGGGCGCUGCAAGAUCUGAAGAAGACGGCUUUUAACCUUGAUGCCAGGACGGAGACUCUGGUGCUGCGGGCCGAGAGGAGGGCUCUGUGCGACUGCAUGCCCACCACCACGCUGCGCUGAGCCGCGCUGACAACGAUCCGUCUCCAACCUCUACACGUGUACAGAAACUCCCAUCUGAACUUCUCUGAACGACAGGCACUUUAUAUGAUUUGUUUUCAUCUCAUUUGGAUGCAGCUCUGAUUUCCACCACAGGGGGCGUCAUUGUUUCUUUGUUUGUUUUUUGCCUCAUUUAAGACGCUGACAGCAACGUUUGCGAAUCCCCACAUCUCUGAAUUUCCCUCGUCGAAGCAUAAACACGUUUUUUCUACUUUCUAGUAACUGACUGUAAAACGUAGACGCAGUAGGAUGCAUCUGUAUAUGAUUGUGUUGUAUGAGGUCACUGUUUACACUUCGAACUGUAGCAUCAGAGUUUAUUUAACUGCUCACAAUAAUGGCAGUUUGACAUAGUAAUUUAAGACAACGAGAACAAUCUGACUGUAAUUUAAAUAAUUGUAAUUAGCCGACUCAGAGCCUGUGGGAGCGGAUGGGUCACUUACAAAGGAAAGUUCUGUUUCCUCCACGGUCAGCCGUGGAGACGUUUUUGUUUCUGUGAAGGUACUUUUAGCAAGAACACUCGUAGGUCUUGGUUUAGCACAGCACUGUAGCAUGAAUUUAUAGCACUUUCGUUUCACGUGGUAAAGGUUGGUGUGUGUAAACGGUGUGAACGCGCUUCGGCGUACGUCUGCGGCGCUCGGCCCCGAUUUCGAGGCGUCUGCAGGAAAAAGUGAUGAGGCGGGCGGGAUCGGAUGAGCUGCGGCGUCAGCAGGGAGGCGGAGGAGGGGAUGAAGAGAACUGCAGCAGGGAACAGAAAACCAUCUUACCGUUUCAUUAACAAUGUACUUUGCAAGUCACGAGAGGCUCCACUUACAGUGUUAAUGUUGUACCUAUAAAUAAAUUCACCAAACAAC